CGAGACUCGACGCAGAGCAUUGCAAGUCUACCCUAACAUUGCCCGACGUCUCUCUAAUUGUGGUCCUGAACGGCUCCUUGUCUAGCGAACUCGACUCAUACUGAACCGACCAAAGCACCUUUCUGCGAACAGUGGUCGUCCUUCAGGUCUCACCAUCCCCGUCCUCAUCCAAAACCUCUGUCUGUGAAAGUCGACGAAAGCUCUCAGUAAAGAGGCAGGGUUCUGCUGCCACCCUACCUUCUGCCUGUCGAUACUCGCUCGCUAUCCUCCUGCGAACGGGGUUCUUUCGACCCGUUGCUCUGAGACGAUGGCCACAGCAGCUUUCCGCCGUCAUGUGGUAGAGCGCAGGGAUCAGGACCUUCGCCGAAAAGAGUUUGAGCGGGAGGACCUCGUGAGCAAGUUGAACAGCGAUGCGGUUUUCCGAAGCAACUUGGACUCCGACGACAGGGUGGACGGAAAGAGACGGUUGAGGAUACAGCGGAUAAGGGAGGAGGAGCAGAAGACGUAUGAGCAGCUUAUGGAGGCGGCACAUAAACGUGCCCACCGAGAAAUAACACGCGAAAGGGAAGAAAAAGAUAAACAGGAGUCGGAGCGGCUAGAAACUCAACGCAUUCGCGAUGAGAAGCUGCGCCAAGCUAUCCGCGAGAACAGCGUCGAGCUCCGCGAGUUGGAGAAGAAGCUCAAUUACGCGUACAUGAACAAAGAGCGGUCCUUGCAGGUGCAGGAAAAGGCGCUGCAGGAUCAGAUUUCCAAGGCAAGGGAAGCGGAGCUGAUUGCUGAGAUGAAUGAGCGGCUGGAGAAGCAAAAGCAACUGGAGCUGGAAAGGGAUCACCAGGAAUAUCUCAAGAGUCUGGACUACAGCAAAGCGUUGAACGACCAGCUGUUAGAGCAGGAGGCGAGGAAAGAAGCGGAGUUCGAGCAGUUCUUGAAGGAAAAGGAAAUGGUCGACCAGAUCGUCAGGAAGAUCCUGGAUGAGGACGCAAGGGAGGCCGAGCGCCGCUUGGAGAAGCAAGCUGAGACGAAGCAGUUCAUUGAAAAGUUUAUUGUGGAGCGGGAGCAAUGGCGUCGGGAAGAGUCUGCACGACAGGAAGCCGAGAACCGCAAAAUCGAGGCAUACGCGCGCGACCAAGCUGCGAGGGCACAGGCUCAGCAGGAUGUCAAGAAACAUCGCGACGAGGAGAGGACUGUUAUUUACGACAGGCUUGCAGCAGAAAUGGAUCAACGAGAGAAGGCAAAAGCCGAGUUGGAGCAGCUCCGCAUCGACUUGUACGAAGAAGAGCAGGAAGAAGAGUCGCGGCGUCGGGAUCAGGAACGCCUGCAAAACCGUAUUCGCAAAAGACUGGAGCUCAUUGACGCAUACCGUAACCAAAUGCUAGAGAAGCGCUUCCGCGCGAUUCAAGAGCAGGAGGAGGAGGAUGUUGUGCGUCGGAAGAUGAUGGACCGCUACGCCGAGGAAGAAAAGCUCGAACAGCUCAAUGCGCAGAAGCGGCGCAUGAAACAAAUGGAGCACCGCCGCGCCGUGGACGCCAUCCUCGCCGAGCGGCGCUUGCUGCUCCAAAAGGAACGCGAGAUUGCCGAGAUGGAGCUUGCCCGCGAGAAGGAGAUCGACGAUUACAGGCAGCAGGUCGUCGAGCAGGAACGACAGAGACUGCUGCGCGAGCAUGCUGUCAAGCUUCUGGGGCAUUUGCCAAAGGGCGUUCUCCGCGACCAAAAAGACCUCGACCUCUUCGACGAAGAGUUCCGGAGAAAAUUUGGCAACAUCAAGCUGGACGACCCGCGCGACGCUUGAAAAAGACGGGAGGAGGCGGAAAGGGG